AUGAAAGAGGAAAUAUACGGCAAUGGGGAACUGCUUGACCUCGAGAUUUUGUCGAAGAAGAAAGGAUGCGAUCAAAUGACUGCUAAGAGAGCGCACUCAGUCAUCAUGGCGCUCGUGUCUCCAGUCCUGCGAAGGUGUAAAGCUAACCGGAGGGUGAUUGAGCUGCAGCUGGAAGAGGUCGAUAGCAACGUGCUCGAGGCGUUUGUGGACUUCGUUUACACGGGAUCAGCACAUCGGCUUGACGUGACGAGUCUCAGGGAGACAGUGAUCCGAGAAUCGAGCAAGAUGCUGGAUGUUGAUACGUGCGUGGCGUUCUUGAACGCGAGCAGGGACUCAGGGCUGCCCGAGCUGGAGGAACUUUGCUUCCAGUUUGCUCUUGACCACUAUGAAGAGGAUAUCGUCUUGUCCAUCCUCCGCUGGCUCGAAGGAUGCCACCAAGAUCAUGAGGCAGAAAAAGGAGAAACAUCGUGCUCCAAUGCAAGAGCUGAAGAGGAUGGAGUGAGUGCGGACAGCGACAACCAGGGGCACGGGAUGAACGAAGAGAUGGAACUGGACUGUGAUCGCUCUCGGCGACAAUUCAGCUCUAAGAUGAUCUCUUCUAUCCGAUGGAAUCUCAUCCACCAUCAGUUUGUCGAGGACCUGAUGCUGAAGUGUGCAUCCAGUGAAUCCUGCUCGCUGCUGGCACAGUUUGUUGGAGAUUUGUCUAAGUUUCCAAACAGCUACAGGUCUCACAGAGGUGGAAGUGGACCCGGCUACGACGUGAUCCGGCGGCUCCGGGUAACAAGGGAGAUGAAGCAUCAUGCUGGGGCAGUAGCGGCGCUCGCCUUCCAUGAGGGCAUGAUAGUCAGUGCGUCUCACGACGGCAGCAUCAAGCUCGUCAACCUCACGUCAGGGAAGAUGGAGGGGUCCCUUCACUUCACCCCCCACCCCCGAGAGUCUCAGCGGCAGCUGGGGGCGGUGUAUGCGAUGCUGCAGCACGGAGACGUGCUGGUGACGGCAGGGCAGAUGAAGCUGGGAAUCGCUCCGCUCAAUGUGUGGAACCUGCUCACCAGGAGACACGUCAAGGAGCUGGAGGGGCAUAAAGAUGCCGUCAUGUGCCUCACCAGGAACGAGGUCGAUCUCUUCAGUGGGUCUUGGGACCGCACAGUCAGACAGUGGGACCUCUCGUCCUUCUCCUGCAAGCGAGUCAUCAGCAGCCAGCACGGCCCCGUCCUCUCCAUCUGCUCUCUCUCCCGCGCCAUCGUCGCCGCUGGGCUAGAGUCAGCCUGGCACUUGGUGUUAGAUGAGCCACGGAAGGAGGAGGAGAAGGAGGAGGAGGAGAGGAAAGAAUCGCUUCCUCUUGUUUUCUUCUCCGGUUCCGAUCCUGUCACUUGCGUCGCCGUCGGGUCUGGUCCACGAGCGACCACGGGUGGAUCUUCUUGGAUCUUCAGACCUGAGGAGAGGAUCUUUAGCGGUCACAAGAGUGGAGCAAUCCGAGUCUGGUGCUCAGAGACUUUGACCUGCGUCGCAAACCUCCAGUGCCAUGAUGACGCUGUUUCGGCUCUCACUGCCUACGGCUCGUGGCUGGUGACCGGGUCCAUGGACGGGAGUGUGCGCAUGUGGAACUUCACGCAGGCGUUCGCUUGCAACAAGGGCGAGGGAGGCAGCCAACUCGCAGCUGCCGUAGACAAGCCGGAGAGGAGGGAGAGCGCAAAGACGAUCGUGAUAGGAUCUGAGGUGAAGUCCCUCCACCUGAUCAAGACGAACGCGUGCGAGAGGGGCAGCAGGAGCGCCGAUGGCUACAUCCUCUGCGGUUGCCAGGACAGGGCUGUGAGGCUGAUCUCAGACGGGUUCGCUCGGAACGAGGAAGCUUGA